AUGCCUCCGCCUAAGACGAACCAGCUCACGCCAAAGCAGCUCGCCGACUUCAGGAAAGGCCCAAAGGCAAACAUCGUCAUCGGUCCCGACGAUAACCGCUACAUCGGUCUCGAGAGUGCAUCCGUGAAUCUACUAGCACACUUCUCUCCAGUGGCUCGGAAGAAGCUGGUCGAAGAACGAAGCACAGUCUUGACUAUUCCUAACGGUUCGAAGAACGCCAUCCGUUGGAUCUACAAGUACAUGCAGGCUGGCGAGCGUGAUCCCAUGGACACGGACACGUUCGAGGCACUGACCUCCGAUGCCUUGAUCGUCAUGUACAAACACUGCGACCUUCUCGAAUACGAAGCACUGAGGAAGCGUAUCUUUAAUCGCCUGAAGAGCAAGUUCUACCAUACGCUCCCAACUAUCGACGAGAUUAAGAGCUACCAGAAUGCGAUCCCAGCGCUCUACGACUGCGCGAUUCGAUGUAUUGUCGAUGAGAUGGCGAGGCCGUGGACUUGCGACUACGAGCCGUAUCAAGAGCUUGCCAACACGAAUGAGGCCUUCAGCAAGACGCUGGACGCUGCUUUGCAGAAAUACAUCGCCUCGCGUGUCAAGGUCAGCGAAGAAUAUUAUCGAAACACGAAAGAUCGCCGUGUGAUCUGGGCCAUCAAAUACAUCGAGGACAUCCGCGCCGGUCGUCGUCCCUACAUCAAGUUCGCCGACAGGUCUUUGAAUAUGUUGUCCUGGAAGUCUCAGCAGAAGGGCAAGGGCGGCCCAGGUCUGUUCAACAGCGUCAAGGCUGAUGCGAACGGUGUAGCAGGAAACAUUCCAGCUCUUGCAGCCAAGCACGACAAGAAGUACGUCAGCAAAACCUACACACCGUUCACCUGCCACAAGUGCGGUGGGGAAGGCCAUAUAGCCCGUAACUGCACCACGGCAACUGCUGCUGAGUCCGUCACCGCCACUGGAGUUACAUACAAGAAGCCCUCGCAGCGUCACGGUCCAAUCUGCUACACCUGCAAAGGAACCGGCCACCUUUCCCGCAACUGCCCAGCUUCGCAGUCAGCCGCCAAACCCGGCAUCAUCACCGGUCUUCUCAACAAGGCAACAGACAAGCGACCCCUACCCGUCUGCUUCGAAUGCGGCGAUAACGGCCAUAUUGCACGCAACUGUCCGGAAGAGAAGCCGCAAUCUGAGCGGAGCAAGGCAAAGUCUCAGCAGCCGUUCAUUUGCUACAACUGCGGCGGCGAAGGUCACAUGGCGCGCGAGUGCAUGGAGGACGUGUCAAGCAGCGAACACGCUGACCUCUCCUUUUCCUCUUUUACAGCCUUGCCUCCCACCAAGGCCUCCACAAGCGGUGGUAAUCUCGUCAAUGGAUUGCGUCCUGCUCUCGGUCCUGCUCGUGCUGCUGCUGCCGCUGAUCUUGGCGUCAAUCAGGCAAACGCUAUCGACGAGUUGGAAGGUGGAGAGGGCGAGAAGACACCUGAUCAUGAGGUUCGUUAG